AAUGUAAAGAAAAUCACAGAGCUAAAGAGCCAAACAUUAGUUUAUUAUUACAAUUUGAUGAAAAUGUUUUCCCUUUUCACAAACGUCUCUUAAUCGCCGUGGCGUGAGAGAUUCAUGCUGCACAUGAAAAACUGCAAUUUCACUCUUGAUCUCGUUGGAUCACAUCAAGUUGGCAUUGACCUCUGAGGACAUGCUUGAGAUAGUUUGAUUUUACCACAGUGCAUUGUCGCGCAUCAUUAAGUUAUUGAAAUAGUGUGAAAUAUUUAUUUAUAAAAUGAAAACUUUAGGAAAUAAGUUUACCGUCAUUUUUAUAAUCUUGUUUUGUGGAAGUGGAGUUUUGUUGUCUCAAGAAGCUUCAGCAGAAGCACCAAAUGGUACCAAUAAUGAAAAAUAUUCUGACAUAAUUCCCAAAGGAAUUGAUCCAAUGGAUACUUUCGCAUACUCUCUUCUAAUUGAACAUUUGAAGCGUCCUCCGUCACGAAUUUCAACCGAUGGGAAGCCAAUUGAGCAUGGAUAUUAUGUGAUUGAUACGCACAGAAAAGCUGAUGGCUCUCCAAUUCACUUUGAAAGAAACGAUUUCUCGGGAGGACUUACUGAUCAGGUUUUGCCCCCACUUCAAUCAAGCAAAUCUGAAUACAGUGCUGGGGGUGGUGGGGUCGCAUCAACCUAUCAACAGUCAACAGAUCAAAAUGUCGCCUCAAGUUUUCACGAAGAGAUUAAAUUAAGCAGUGGCAACACUAGGGAUUUAUCAAACAUUUCUUUAACUUCAACAACUGAACCCCCACUUCCACAUUUGGCACAAGAUGUUCAUCCUCCAAACGUCAACAGCACAUCAGAAUAUCAGCAAAGCCACAAUCAACAACAGACCCACGAUCAUGGAAGUGUAUCAAGUCAAACAACGACAACAUCCGCACCAGUAGAUGCACCUAACCCUGUGGAAUCAUCGUACCAGAAGCACCCAAAUUUUCCACAAUUGCACACACUGAGUGAGCAAUUGAAAUUUUUAAGUGAAUCUUUAAAGCAACUGCAACUAUUAUCACGACCAGGAGUAGGUGCAUCCGAGCAGCAACAAUCUCAUCCUCACGUAUCACAAUCCAUAAUAAAUCACCAAAAUACAACAUCACAAGAACCUCCAAACCUUCAACAGCAACAAGUUACACCCGCACAUACGUCGAAUUCAGAUCUAGGUGUUUCUUCUACGGUGCCCACAAUUGGAUACCAAACCUCCCAAAGUAGUGAGCCACAAAUGCGACUUCCAGAAGAUCUUGGCACGCAUAUUAUGACGCUGCAUAAGACCAAUGUCCCCUCGACAGAUUCUCCACUGCCAUCGCCCCAGGCAAGCCCAGGCCCAAAUGAAUUGGAACACGGAAUUCCUACGAAUCUUAACGAGGAAAUGGAUUUGUUGGAAGCAUCGUUGAGAAAUCAGGAGUAUUCUCAGUCACAAGGGUCGCCAGGAAGCGCUCCAAAUGUCCAUGAAACUACAAAUAGUCCACCUCCCAGCCACCUACAACAGAACUAUCAUAACCUUCAUCAUCAUGCUAAUCUGAAGCCCACUGUCGUAGACAAAGUAAUUACAAAUGGACUCAUCUCUGCACACAACCUACCAGUGAAGUACCACCAUUCGGUUUCGCAUAAAAUCCCAGGACAGCAAGUGCCUGUAAACAAUCACCCUGGAUUCGUUCCUAACAGUGCUCAACCCUACUACGACCACUCGCAGUAUGAUAAUAACUCUCCAGUAAUUUUUAAAAACCAGCACUUUAGUAUUCAGGGCUCCCCUUUGGCACAGACGCAUUACUUCAAAACAGGUUCUCAUCAUCAAGAGCAAACCAACUACGAAGGGAAUUCGUAUCAACAAGAACAACAAACUCCGAUAACGACAAACAAGUACUUUCAACCUAACAUAAUUUCACGUCCACCUUUGCAAAUAAAUGCACAUUCACACUUUCCAAUAAUUUCUCGGGACAACACCAUCCAAAAAGCAGUAGAAAUUCUCAACAACUACAGCGAUGCUUUUCUGGAGAAUAUAAUUCUGACCGAGCAACAGCAGCAGCAUAAAAAAGUCAAGCAACAACCUACACCAAAUAAUUUCCACGUACCGGUUGUUACGAGUACAUCACCACCCACAACGCCUGUAACCACACGCAGUCCAAUACAAAAUUCACAAAUCAAAAUUCAACCGUUUUCCGAAUCUGGCGUUGACUAUCCCCAAACGAUUUCGGCAACAACUAGUAUUCCUCUAAUUCGGCAACCCAGCCCAACGCCACAACAAAUCAACGUUCAACAACAGCAAACUUUUGAGCAAUAUUCUCCUAAAAAUGUCCAAACAGAUUCGCAGUUUUCCGAACAAAACACACGACCAUAUUCCGACAAAAUACAGUUCAAACCCGCAUACGCUCGCGUAAUAUUGCGAAAUGGUCAACAGCAACAUGGAUUAUCAUCACAACUUUCGGAGAACAUCGAGUCUUCUUCGAGUAUAACGAAUAAAUAUAGUUUUCCUAAUUCACCACCGUCGCCGCCGAAUCGUCCUCCUCUUCAUCACUACCCCUCGGAUGGAACAAUUAUUAAGUCCAACUCAAUUCUUAAGCCACAGUUCUCAGCCCCAGAUAUGCUCUUCCAAAAUACCAGACAAAUUGAGCAAGUUUUAAAAUCUGCAGUUUUGCCAACCCCCAAAGCUUCGAGCCAGAGUAGUGCGAAAUAUUCCACCAUUUUCAUACGCCCACAAGUAGGAGGAGGCAGUUCAAGUAGUGAAUCAUGGAAGACCGCAUCAUCUGAAGUCCAAAGUCGAAUUCCAUCCACCAACGCCGAACCUCUAAAUCAUGAAGGUUUUAAGAGUUUCGGAAAAAUAUUUUAAUUUAUACAACUCUUAUGCAUGCAUGCAUUGCAUAUACAUAUAUUUGAUAUUUAAAUCGUGUAUUGUGUCGCAAAUAUUUAAUGAGAAGAACAGCAGAGCUUAUUUUGAUAUUGAAAUAUGAGAAAUAUUAAAUGUGUUAA